GGUCCCGGCGGAGAGACCGAGAAUCGAUAGAUAGUUCGCAAAAACCGCGGGGCGAGUGAGAUCAAGAAAGAAAAGGCGAAAGACUUCGUGAAGAGGACGAGAAGCGAGAGGAGAGCAAAAGGGAAGGGACACAGAUAGACAGAGCGACAGACGGAUGCGCGAAAGUAUAUAUGCAAAAGGAAACUCGUGAACCCGGUGAUGGUGUAAAGUAGUCGCGGAUCGGAUCUCUACGUCGAAUCGAAACGUAACAUAAAAGGACAAACGGUUAAGGUGGCCGAUCUUUCCUUCCGCGCUGUGCGUGCCGCGCUGUGAACCCGAGCGGAUCGUCGAGCGGGUCGAAGUUCCAAAGCAAGCAGGAGUUCUACCGGGGAUUAUUGAACCACGUGAAGAAUCUCUCGUCAACCCUUGCAACAGCAACAAGAGUACGAGAUACGAGGGAAUGACGGUAAGAGGUAGCCGACGAGCCGCCGCUAAGACAAGCCUGUGUCUGCUGGCGGUGCUACUCGUGCUGUCCUGUGCCGCAAGUGGCAGCGGCAGGGCCCACGCGCUCCCGCAACCGGAACCGCUGCCGCCAGGGCUUCUCUACGGCGAUUCCGCGGAAGAGGCGGAAAAUAUCAUGUUGAUAAACCGCCUGAAGCAGCUGUCGGAGCUGAAGCACCGACUGGUCGAGCAGGAGCACGAGAUCAACAACGAGCAGCUUGCGAUCCAGGAGAUCCUGGAGACAAAGGCGCGGGCGCAGGAGAGCGCGAUGUCGGUGGAACAACUGCCGCCGGACUAUCCCGUCGGGGAAUCGCAACCGGAACCGUUGCCGAAACCCGAACCGUUUAUUCACGACCCGCAGCACUCGCGCAAGCGAGAAGGCAUGAACACGGUCAGCUACAUGUCCCUGUGCCACUUCAAGAUCUGCAACAUGGGACGUAAGAGGCAAUCGAAAUAAAUCUCCGUAAACGGCAGUCGCGAGAAGUUCGAAGCGGACGGCGGGCGCGGCGAGGAGUUGAGAAGCUAGGAGGAGACCUCACCUUGUGCUUUAAAGAAAAUUAAGUAAAUGAGCCAAAUGAAAAAAUACAACCGCUUGCCACACGGUCCAUCGAAAAUUGAAGUUGCGAAGGUAGCAACGACGAGCGGUCAGUUUCUAAUUAUUUCGCUUUUUCUCUUUCGAAAUAUCCUCUUCAUUAAAAAAAGGAGGGGGGGGGGUAAAAAAUUGCCGUAUCUGAUAUCCAAAUCGUUUCGCCGGACACGUUCUUGUGAGUUCAGCAAUAAGAGCGAACUAAGAUACUUAAUUCGAGAACAAACCAAAAUCAAAGCGCCCUUUUCUCCUCGAAAAGUACGGCCAAGUGCGGAGAGCAGAGAAGGUAAAAAGGUUUGCGCCAUUUGCAAAAGAAACGUGGAAUUUAUUGAUAAAAGUUGCCGCUCCUCCUUGCUAUCCCUUCGGGACAAUGAUUGUCACCAGUAUUACACACAUGCACACACACACACACACACAUACGCACACACAUACGUACACGCCACGUUGGAUAUCUACGUGCGAAAAGUGAAACAGCGCGAGUCGCUCGAUCACCGCGAUCAGGCGCUUCAUUAACAAACGUCGAUCCCCCCCACCCUCCUCUCCCGUUGCUGCAACGAAGCACCCUCUCCUCGAGGGUGCGGAACAACGUGUGCGUGUGUAGAGAGAAGAGAGAAAAAAAUACUCAGCAAAGAAAAAGAAGGAAAAAAAACACACAGAGAAACGUUUGUAAUGUCGAAACCGUCCUCGGCACACACCGUCCGACUGGUUCGGACGAGAUCCGCGCGAGCUGCCCGACUACGUACGGUUGUCUGUGGCUGACCACCUUGCUAGAGAUAUAUACCGAAACGAUCAACGACGAGGUACUGUUUUAAGUGGAGGAACGCGCGAACAGCGAUGUGAUUUCGAUUGUGUACCGGCAUAUCGCAAUAUCCCGAUUUUUUUAAGGCCAAAACGGAAAAAAAAAAGAAAUCGAACGUUUCGAAGUUUAAAUUCUCAUCACUGAUAUGAUUUUAUCAGGAAUAUUGUAACGGAGUCAUAGUGUUGUUAUGUAGAGAUGUGCGAACUAAUUCGAAGUGAAAUUAGGUAAAAUUUGCGAUUCGAAUUCGAAUUAAUCAAACAUUUCGAGCUUAAAAAGUUCGUUUUACAUAUUUGUGGAACCUUAUAAAAUUAUAUUUAAGGUGACCUUAUAUCAUCUCGAUAUUAUAUUUUUCUUACAAUACAGAAAGCCUUUGUAAUUAUCUAUUAAUAUUAAUAUUGAAUAAAAUUAUGUUGUUAAUCAAAGGUUAUGUAGCAAACACUAAAUUUUAUUUUAUUCGACCGGAUUCAAUUCCAUUUCAAAUUCGAACAAAGAAAUGAAAUUCAAUUCAAUCCAAUUUGGCUUCAAAAAACUCUGAUUCACACAUCUCUUAUUGUUAUAUUGCUGAGGGUCAACGGCAUCAUAAAUUGAUCAGAUCUGUAGUGUACUUCGAAGUAUGUAUUAUAUAUCUCACAAAAAGAAAGAAAUAACAUAUACAUGUCAAUAAAAUUCCCAGACAAUAAAAAUUCCCGCAUGUCUAAAAGACGUCAUAAAGGCAUCUUUACCGAUUGUAGUUCGUUAAAAUUCCGAGUUUAAACUUGUUAUCUUUUGUAAGAUGCACACUCAAAGAAUACGCUACAUCUGAUCGAUCUAAUAACACUCGCUAUUAAGUUAAUGUAACAUAUAUAUACGUGUAACAGUAUAAUCGAUAUUAUCGAAAAAUUGUAUGGAUCCUCGUAUAAACUGAUUUUUAUUAUAAAAUCAAAAAAAUACCGUAAUCAAUCUUACAACAAUCUUUUCAUUUCUUAAAUAUGUUAUUAAUACGCUAUUAGUUAAUUAAAUACAAUUAUAUAUGUUAUUAAUUAUUACAUAUAAUUAAUAGAUUGUUGUUAAUUAUUGCAUGGAUUAAUUUUGAAAGAAAUCGUUAUAAAUGUACCAAUAUAGCACAUUAUAGCACAUUGCAAUAAAUAUAGAGCAAUCUUGUAAAUUGCAAACGUAAUAUCGUAAAAAUAUCGUGAAGGCGCGGAAAAUGAGAAAAUAUCCGACAAGAUACAGUUAAUAUUUGCUCGCUAGAUAUUAAAAAUGUAACGAGGAAUCCCACGAUGUGAUGUCUUCUCUCUUAUGUAUCGCAUAUGACUUCGUAUUUCUAAGGUAGGCAAAAGGUGAGAAAUCCUUUAAAAGAUUUUAAAUGCGUUGAUUUUGAACAGACAGCAAGAAGAACGUCCCAAUUAUGAGUUGCUAACGAUUUAUUAGUUUUUGAUUCAUAUUUUGAUUACGCGACUGAAAUGCCUGGCAAAAUUCAAAAGGUCAAAAGCCAAACAAUUCGAAAUGUUAAUUUUUUACAGUAAAAAAAGUUGACAGGGCAUUUUACGAGAUUUUAAAGUGAGCUUCUGUUAUUCCUCUUUACAGAGCGGAAGAAAGAAAGGAAGGAAGGAAUACAAACGAGAAAAGCAUCGCUUGGGCUUUAUGCCGACUAAAUCGAUCGGUGCACUAAAAUCAAAAACUACUUAUUGAAAGUACCUCGUCGGUGGCGGAGCACGAGCAUGUAGAUAGUUGUUUCUUUUUGCAAAAAAAAAAAUCACAUCGACCGUUUAGAAAAAAAAAGUGGUGUCAAUUAAAUAAUUGGGCGAUUAAAAGUAAGCAGUUAUUAUUUUCAUCGAGAGAUAUAGUAUAUGUUGUUGUAACCGAAAGGCUUGAGAAGAUUUAUGAGAUAAAAAUAAAUGCGACUUAUGCCGAAAAUCAAGUGGUUUGUGUAUUUAUCGAAUAUUAAAAUGUCCCUAACAGUGUUGAACAUUAGCCAUAUUGGACCCAGCUUUCUCUCCUAUCACAGGCUCUACGAUAGCAGAGAGUCGAUUAGCCCCCCCUAGCUUUAAUUACUAGUAAUAAAUAAUAAAAAUAAUUCCCCAAAACGUAGAAAUAGAUUUAGAAAACGUAGCAAGUUUCAAUAAAACGAUCGAUCGACAUCGACUGAUUACUUCUAGCAGGGAUCUUUAAAUCUUUAUUUUCAUAGAACGACAGACCUUGUCCCGUAGAAAAAUUACUGUCGUAAUUAACUUGCCUCAAGAAAUAAAUUUUUCUGAAGAAAGAAAUUUCCAGAGAGUUCUUUCGGUUUUUUGAACGUUGGUAGAGUCAAACGUCGCGACGUUGAGAGUGUGUGUGAGAGAGAGAGAGAGAGAGAGAGAGAGAGAGAGAGAGAGAGAGAGAGAGACAAUGUGCAAGAUUUCUGGUAUGCUGGAUGAUAUAUAUAUAUAUAUAGACACUUAUAUGCGCCAAUCAAUGAGAGAAAAGAAAGAAAAGAAGAGGAGGAACUUGACCAACUGUGCGCCAAUUAUUUAAUCGACACCAAUCGAACCGUUUUCUCGGUCGCGCCUAGUAGGUCGAAUAAUAAGCAGUAACGGGCGACGCAAACUAAUGUCGAGAGUAAGAAUGAAAAAGAAAAGACGAAUUACGAAAAGCUCUCCUCCUCGCUUGCGUCGCGCGGACGCUCUUGCGACGUACAAAUUUUAUCUAUCGCUGACGGACUACACGUGAGGAUUUCGCGAGGAAAAUAAAGCGACUAUAAGACGGGAGAGGGGAGGGGGACAAAAUAUCGCGACGUUUUACAGUGAACACGCUAAGAUCCUGAAAUGGGAAGUCGUCGAUAAUGGAAGACAAUCUCUCGCGCGCGAUCCAAGUUAGAAUAUGAAAUCAAUACGGUCUCUAUAUUUAUUAUUAUUAUUAUUAUUAUUUUAUUACUAUUAUUAUUAUAUUGUUAUUUUUAUUAUUACUAUUAUUAUGUUAUUAUAAUUAUGUUAUUAUUAUUAUGUUAUUAUUACAUUUUUGUUACUAUUCCUUAGUUAAGUUAAGUCGAAGGAACACGCGUGCCAAAUCUCUUUCUCACACUAUAUAAACAUUUUACCAUGUAACCAAUUAACGCAGAGUUUGCCAGUAAUUCGUUAUUAUUGCAAUUCACCAUUAGUGAUACAUUUUCGAGUGCAUUUGGAGUAUAUUUCGAAAUGCAUUUCGCGGAAACCGAAAUGGAGAAAGUGAAAUGGAAGGAGGGCACCCGCAUUCCUUCAUUAUUUAUGAAUUGCCCGGCCGUUUCUUUGAGAAAGAAACGCACCGCCUCUUAUUUAUUUAACUAACGUUAAUGGAUACCUCGGUAAAGCGUUCGUGGUAUUUAUCCUCCUCCUCCCUCUCUCCCUCUCCUCCACUUGUAAACUAAUCGAUCUUCUUGCGCUUAAUUCGUAACUUGCCGGUGCUUCCUUUUCUCCCGCCUCUGCAUUGUCAAUUGAGCGUGCUUAUGCGAAUCCGAUUCGUUCAGGGAUUUGAGCUAGAAGGAAAACAAAAAAGGGAUAUUAAUUAAAAGUGGAAAGGAAAUAAAACGCGCGGAUCGGCGCAUGUACCUCAUGCACAAAUCAAUGCUAACUGCUAAUAAACUGUAUCAUCAGAA